CGGCAAUUUUCUCUCGUUAAUUUCCAAACUUGGGGUCCCCGGUGGUGUUUGGCCGUGGACCCGCAGGCUCAGGGGCUCAGGGCUCAGAGCAUCCAUGAGCCUGACCCGGAGGAGAAGCAAGCGCAGCAGCAGCCAUUUUGCUCAGAAGGGGGCCUUGGCUUCAACACGUGAGAGAGGAGUUUUCAAACAGUUCAGCAUCUCUGCCUCUCAGGAGAUUAUUCAUGCGGUAACCAACAGAGCCAUAGGAAGCCAACAAUGCCCGCAAUUAUCCUACCGCCGAAGGAGAAUGCCCUCUUUAAGAGAAUAUUGAGGUGUUAUGAACACAAGCAGUACAGGAAUGGACUGAAAUUCUGCAAGCAGAUUCUGGGCAACCCAAAAUUUGCAGAACAUGGAGAGACGCUGGCAAUGAAAGGUUUAACUCUAAACUGUUUAGGAAAGAAAGAGGAGGCUUAUGAUUUGGUGCGACGAGGUCUACGCAAUGAUCUCAAGAGUCAUGUCUGCUGGCAUGUUUAUGGUUUACUGCAGCGCUCAGAUAAAAAGUAUGACGAGGCCAUCAAAUGUUACCGAAAUGCACUGAAGUGGGACAAAGAUAAUUUACAGAUUCUCAGAGACUUGUCCCUGCUGCAGAUUCAGAUGCGGGAUUUGGAGGGAUAUAGGGAGACUCGGUAUCAGCUGCUUCAGUUGCGCCCAGCCCAAAGAGCCUCAUGGAUUGGUUAUGCUGUCGCCUAUCAUCUGCUUGAGGAUUUUGAGAUGGCUGCUAAAAUAGUGGAAGAGUUCCGGAAAACACAACAAACAUCUCCAGACAAAGUGGACUAUGAGUACAGUGAACUGCUGCUUUAUCAGAACCAAGUUCUGAGGGAGGCUGGUUUGUACAAAGAAGCCCUUGAUCACCUCAACAAUUAUGAGAAACAAAUUUGUGACAAACUGGCUGUGGAGGAGACCAGAGGAGAGCUGCUGUUGAAGCUAUGCAGGCCUGAGGAGGCUUUAGACGUGUACAGCAGACUCCAGGAGAGGAACCCAGAGAAUUGGGCCUACUAUCAAGGAAUAGAAAAGUCAUUAAAUCCAGGUAGUAUAGAAGAGCGUUUUAAAAUUUACGAAGAAGCUUGGGUGAAGUUCCCUAAAGGCUUGGUCCCCAGAAGACUUCCUCUUAGUUUUCUCAGUGGUGAGAAGUUCCGUGAAUGUUUAGACAGUUACCUAAGGAUGAACUUCAGUAAAGGCUGCCCACCUGUCUUCACUACCCUCAAAUCUCUUUACACUGAUAAAGACAAGGUUUCAAUUAUUGAAGAACUGGUAGUUGGGUAUGAGACUUCUUUAAAAAGCUGCCGGAUGUUUAGUGAAAAUGAUGAUGGUAAGGAGGAACCCCCAACCACUCUUUUGUGGGUACAAUAUUUUCUGGCACAACACUUUGAUUUUGUUGGGCAGUCCAGUGUUGCAUUAGAAUACAUCAAUGCUGCCAUAGACAGCACACCCACUCUUAUUGAGCUAUUUGCCAUCAAAGCCAAAAUUUACAAGCAUGCAGGCAACAUCAAGGAAGCAGCUCGAUGGAUGGACGAGGCACAGGCCCUGGACACGGCUGACCGCUUCAUCAACUCGAAGUGUGCCAAGUACAUGCUGAAGGCCAACCUGGUCAAAGAAGCAGAAGAGAUGUGCUCCAAGUUCACAAGAGAGGGAACAUCUGCGAUUGAGAACCUGAAUGAGAUGCAAUGUAUGUGGUUCCAAAGUGAAUGUGCCUUAGCUUAUAAGGCCAUGAACAAAUAUGGAGAAGCAUUAAAGAAGUGCCACGAGAUUGAAAGACAUUUUGUAGAAAUUACAGAUGACCAGUUUGACUUUCACACCUACUGUAUGCGUAAGAUGACCUUGCGCUCCUAUGUGGACCUAUUAAAGCUUGAGGACGUCCUGCGGCAGCAUCCAUUUUAUUACAAAGCUGCUCGCACAGCUAUUCAAAUCUACCUGGACCUGCAUGACAAGCCUCUGACUGAUGACAGCAAGGAGAGCCAGGCUGACACUGAAAAUUUGACAGACAAAGAGCUAAAGAAGCUACGCAAUAAACAACGCAGAGCUCAGAAAAAAGCCCAGUUGGAGGAGGAAAAGAAGAAUGCAGAGAAGGAAAAACAACUCAAGAACCAGAAGAAAAAGAAAGAGGAUGAUGAUGAGGAGAUUGGAGGACCCAAGGAAGAGCUAAUACCAGACAAACUGGCUAAGCCUGAGAACCCACUGGAGGAAGCUGUCAAGUUCCUCAUGCCUCUGAAGAACCUAGUCCGGAACAAUAUUGAAACGCACCUGCUAGCCUUUGAAAUCUACUUCAGAAAAGAAAAGUACCUGUUAAUGUUACAGUCCAUAAAGAGAGCUGUCGCUAUAGAACCGUGUAACCCAUGGCUGCAUCAGUGUUUAGUCCGCUUCUUUAAAGGAGUUAAUGACAAUGGUGACUUGGCUGAGGCAGUGAGGACAGUACUCCGGCAAGAAAUUGCCAGACUUUUUGGAGAGAGCAAUCCGCAGAGUUUCAACAAGAAUUACCUGAGCCAAAACUCCAACUCCAUCCCACACAGACUGGCUGCUGCUAAAAUGAUGGUGUACCUGGAGCCCUCCACAGAUAAGAUGGCCUGUGAGAUAGCCACUGCCCUGGACGAGUCACUGACUGGAAGAAGCAUUCAGAUCUGUACUGAAGUUAUGGAGGCUCUGCGAAAUGGGCAGCUGGGAGAGAACCAGCAGAAAGCAGCUGAAGCUUACCGCGUUGCCUGCCAUAAGAUCUACCCAUACUGCCUGGCCUUCAUGCCUCCUGGUUACCAGGACAACACCACAAAGAUCAGUGCCAAUGGUGACCUGUCAGCAGGUGAGCAUGAGGAGAUGACCAACGAGAUGUGAGCACUGAACAAGGGGUAAUGGCCCCUGGGAAGAGCCCUGACAAUGCACUGAUCCAGAUGGGACAAUCGCCACCAGGAGAGGCACAGGAGCAGGCCUCUUUUACCUAUUCAAACAACACACCCAACUGUCACUGCUGUUCUCGAAGUAAUUUAUAUACAACAAACUGACAAGUGGGUCUCAAAACCAAACAGUACCCUGCAGAUGCUGGUGGCAAUGUAUUGUUCAGAAUGUGAGCUGCUGUUUGCCAAAAAACAAACCACUCAAAAGGCAAGAUACAUGAUUUUAUAUAGAACUUAUAGUACACCCCAAUUAUGCCACCAGAGGGCUCUGCUGCACCCCGAGUGAACUGUGAGAGGAGAAGUGAGAAGCACAUGGGACAGGACUGAGCUCUUUGACUUUGGUGGGCUGAAGAUGCAAUAAGUUUUAACAUAUACACACACCAGUCUUUCUGCUGCUUGGGUUUUCUUUUAAAAGUUUAUUAACCUGCGAGGAAUUCUGAAUAAAACUGGGUUGACAACA